CGAAGNACUGUGAAAAAAGAAGGAAGGAACGGAGGAACGGACUCGCAACAAAAACAUCCCUAGCUCAAGCUCAAAUUGGAGGCCAUGAAGGCCAUCAGACCGGGAGAUCAGCGACCAGCCUUCACCUAGACCUCCCCCGGCCGCACUAUGAUGAGCGACGUGUUGCCGCAACAGCCGGAGGCCAAUCACGGGCCGACGGCCGGUGGAGCUAGUGGUCCUGGUGGGCCGCCCGGCUUAGGUGCGGCCAAGAAUCCGGCCGCCAUUGGGCGGCUCAAGCGCCGCAUGGACGGCUACCGACAUCACGAGGAUAAGUCCAUGCGCCAGUACGAGAGUACGGUCACGGCUUUCAACGGGCAGCAGAUGAACGAGACGCUGGUGUUGCGGCAAAAGUUUCUGGAAUCGAGUAAGAGCAAAAAGGGCGCUAAGAAGAGUGCGGCUAGCGAGAAACACAAGUUGAGCGGCCAUCCGCCCAGUCAUCCGGCCGGGGCGGGCACCCCGCCCAAUGGGUUACCGCCCUAUUCCGCGCGAGAGUCCGGCAGUGGCGGUAUGAAACGCUCGCGACCCAGUUUAGAGAAUGAAACGCCCAAGGGACCCGUGGAAGCUAAACGACCGCAUUUGCAAAGUGGCGAAAUCAAACGGGAAAGUGGCACUCCGCCCGUGAGCAGUUUGGCUGGCCCCGGGGCUAACGGUCCCUAUGGGCCACCCACCACCUCGACCCAUUCGGCCUCAUCGGAUCCUUUCGCCGCCCACGAGAUCAAAACCGAGGCCUUGGAUUCGUCCACGCUGAUCAAGGAAGAGGAACGAGCCGGCGAUGACACGUUGGGUGACCUCGAUCUCAAUGACUUCAUCGACGAGAAUGGUGACGGGAUCAUGAAUCAGGAUAUGUUGAACCAUCUGAUCGGUGAUCUCCAAGAUUCGGACUUUAUCGAGAAUUUCGAUUUUUCGGACAGCCGUGGUGGGUUAGAUGACCUAGCCAGUUCUUUAGAGGCGCCUUCAGUGAAAGUGGAGCCCAGUGAGGACGUGAAACCUCCGCCGGUCUCGGUCCCGCCCGUGUCGUCGGUGGUCAGUCAUUCAGUCAAUCAUAGUGCCCCAUCGUUUCUUCCAACCUCGGCCAAUCCCAUGACCGGGAUGAGUAAUGGUCCCCCACCGCCCAUCGGACAUCACCAUCCGGUUUCCAUGGCUCCCACCAGUCGUCAAAACUCGUAUGACGGGAGUGCGGCGGGGCCCGUGGCUCGGGGCUUGCCCAAUGGCACCACCCCACCCAUGUCCAACCCCAAUCGAGCCUCGCCCCAUCCCCAUUCGCAAGCCGGCGGUGCCACUAACCCCGCCGUGCCCACGUCGUUGCAGCAAAUGGACGCGGCCGAGAAGCUCAAGAUCAUGGCUCAACAGCACCAGCAGCACCAUGCCCACCCCAUGUUCAACAACAUGGGCCCCAUGCCUCCCAACGGGGCCAUGAUGCGACCCGGCAUCCGACCCGGGAUCCGACCAGGCGGUCCGCCCAACGGGAGUAGUGUCAUGCCACCCAAUUUGCCUACCGCCCCCAUACCUCAAGUGGCCCCCACCUCUUCCAUGCCCGGUACCACCAUGAGUGGCUCGACGGGCGGGAUCAUGACCUCCAGUUCGCAAGGGCCCAUUAUGUCGCGAAUGAUGGGCCCCGCCGGAGCCAUGGGGGGUCCGGGGGGAGGACCCAUGCCAUUCAAUGGCAGUUCUCCCAUGACGGCCGAGCAAGUGCGAAUGCGUGCUCAAAGCCGCUAUCGCAUGGGCACGCCCAAUCCCUCAAGUAUUCGCCAUCCACUUCCUCCGUCUAAUAAUAGUCAGGGCCCUGGAGGGCCAUCCCAUCCACAACAGCAGCAACCGCAGCAGCAGCAACAACAACAACAGCACCAGCCACAGCUCAAUCAAACUUCACAAAGUAUGCAACCCCAGCAACAACAGCCUACUCAACCACAGCCACAAAAUAAUCCACCACAAUCGAAUAUGAUGCAAAAUCCUGCCAUGAGAAAUCAGAUGAUACCUAAUGGUCCUCAGAUGACACCUCAGCAACAGCAACAACAUAUGAUGAUGCAGCAGCAACAACGAAUACAACAAAUGGGCUCUAAUCCCAUGGGGAUGAUGAGACCCAACCACAUGGGAGGCGGAGACAUGGGCAACGGACCCCCAGGGGGCAAUCCCAGUAUGAUGGGGCCGCGAGGUCCGAUGAUGAGUGGCUCUGCUGGACCGCCCAUGAACAACCCUCAAAUGCGUCAGAUGAGCCCUCAGAUGAUGAUGACGAUGCAACAAAUGCAACAUCAGUCCAACCGGCCUCCACCUCCUGAAUAUGGCCAAAGGAUGGGUCAUCAGAACCAAAAUAUGCCUUAUAUGAUGGGUCAGAUGCCGGGCAAUAUGCCGCCUAAUAUGAGGUUUCCCAAUAAUAUGGGACCUGGUCAUCGAAUGGGUGGGCCACGUGGAGGUCCAGGGUUUCAACAAAUUCCGCCGAGUGGUCCUAUGAUGCGACAGCAACAACAACAGCAGCAGCAACAUCACUUACAUCAUCAGCAACAACAACACCACCAUCAUCAAAUGGGAAUGGGUCCUCAAGGAGUUGGAGAUCCCCAGCGAAUGAGAUUUCCCCCAGGGGCCAUUGGCAUGGCCAACAACGGUGCUAAGCAAGUUCCCAUGUCCCAUGGGGGUGGUCCUGGGGGUCCAGGGGGCCCACCUCAUCCUAUGAUGGGAUGGGGGCCGAAUGGAGCCCAAUCUCAUAUGGGAAUGGGGAAUGUACCCAUGAGUGGUGGCUCCCCUAAUCAUCCAAUAGUUCAAGGUCAAAACUUACCCAUGGGAUCGCCCAGAGGUCCAAUGGGAUCGCCAAGGCCACAAGGUGACAUUAAUCACGGAUCUCCAAUGAUGCCUCAUAAUUCUCAUCCAAAUCUCCGAUCUCAAGCUCCUGGUGGUCACAUGGGUGGACCAGGGGGAAUAAACCCUGCCAUGUCAGCCAAUCUUAGUAAUGGGCCUCCGAAUGGGCCGCAUCAGUCUGUCAGAAUGCCCGGACAUCCCGUUGGUGCCAUGCCGCAAAGAAUGCCAAAUAUGCCUUUACCCAGCCAACCAAAUCCCCAACAGCAAAAUCCAAAUCAACCCGUCCCCAACGGGCCUAGCCAGGUCCAAGGUCCCCCGUCCCAACAGACGUGUUCCCAACCGCAACAACAACAACAACAACAACAGCAGCAGCAACAGCCCAUCCAUUCCCCACACAUGAGCCAUAAUUCACCCAUGAACCAUCACUCGCCCAUGAUGGGUGGUUAUGGUCAUUCUCAUUCGCCAAUGGCUCCGCAACAGCAUCCUGUCAUGUCUCCAAUGGGUCAGAGGAGUAACACACCCUCCCAUCAACAUAAUGGGGUGGGAGGCGGAGUCCAGCAGCAACAACAACAGCAGCAGCAACAGCAACAGCAUCCCAAUAAUAACACCUCGAACAAUAAGAGCGAUGAUUUCAAUCUGGACUUCCUCGACUCCAUUCCGAGUGGUCCGCCCAACCAGGGCCAUCAGGGACCCAUGAAGAAUGGAGGGGGUGGGGAUGAGAUUUUGAACACCCUGUUCAAUUAGUGUGAAAGUCAUCACGCCCACUCCCUUGCCUCCCUCAAUCGCUCCUUUUCAUUAGCCAAGACAAAUUACCUGCAAUCUCAAGAAUGAAUUCUCAUUUCCCUUCAUGGUGCCUGUUCAGGUUCAGCCAAUAUGAAAGGGCUACCCAAAAUACCAAUUAUACCCUAUCAUUAUUAUUGCUAUUACAUUGUGCCCAGUGGAUCCCUUGAUGAUCCAGCAAUACACACCCACACCCCACACACACCUACACGAAUCAUCUCAGUGUGCGAAUCCAGUAUUGAUAAGCUGUUGCCAUAAUCAUCAACAAGUAUCGACCCUCUUCCAAUGCUAUCUCGCUCCAUCUCUCCUUUACUGUGUGUCUCUCUCUUUGCCUCACUCUCUAACGCGAACUUCAUCCAUUUCUCCCCCGCCCCUUCUUUCCAUAAUCCAUCCUUGCAAAUGAUGAACAACCGUAAGAAAAACUCCUACUACUGACUACCACAAUAGCAUCAACAACAAUGAUGAUGAUGAUGACCGUCGUAUUGUGUAGUUAGUUUACAAUUAUAGUUAGAAGACCGAGAAUAUGAAAUUAUAGGUGAAGUUUUAUAUUGUUUUUGUAUGGAAAUUAUACAAACAGAUAACUCGUGAAUAGCAAUUAAAGGAUGAUAUUCAUAAUGAAAAAA